GAAUGAAUGCUGAUAUAAGUAGGUCAUUCAUUUCAUUCUUCUCUUCUCCAGCUCCACCUUCUCUUUCUUCCCUCUCCUCUCUUCUCUGGAACCCUUCCCUGUUCCUUCUACCCUUCUUUGCUUUAUUCCUUGUUUGGUUCCAGAGAUAGAAAACCAAAACCGCGUUCUGUUCUUUCUCAGCAAAACAGGAAACAAACAAACAAACAAACAAACAAACAAACCAAGAAAGUUAAUGCUAAAGAUUUUCUCCUUUUCUAUCACCACAAUGCCAAUCUGAUUAUCCUUUCAUAUACCCAUUUCAUCAAGAACCCACAAACCAAAAACACCAAAUGCUUCCUCUCCGCUGGAGCGCCGUCGUUCUCUUCCUCAUUGUCUGCUGUGCCUGCCCCCUCCUCUGCAUCUGCAUCCGCUACUUCCCCACCACCAUCAGCGCCGCCGAUGGCCUUUUCGAAUACUCAGAGGCGCCGGAGUAUCGCAACGGAGCAGGUUGCCCUGUUUCCGGAAACAGAGACUCUGUAGUCUUGUCCUGCGACCCUUCUCUUGUCCACAUCGCCAUGACCCUCGACUCCGGCUACCUCCGCGGCUCCAUAGCCGCAGUCCACUCCGUCCUCCGCCACUCUUCCUGCCCGGAAAACGUCUUCUUCCACUUCGUCGCCGCCGAGUUCGACCCUGCUAGUCCCCGAGUCUUGACCCGGUUGGUCAGGUCCACUUUCCCUUCUUUGAACUUCAAGGUUUACAUCUUCCGGGAAGACACGGUGAUCAACCUCAUCUCCUCCUCCGUGCGGCAAGCUUUGGAGAAUCCCUUGAACUACGCCCGGAACUACCUCGGCGACAUGCUGGAUCCCUGCGUGGACCGUGUUAUCUACCUUGACUCCGACCUGGUCGUCGUCGACGAUGUCAGCAAGCUCUGGAACGUGACGCUCGCCGAGUCAAGAGUCAUCGGAGCGCCGGAGUAUUGCCAUGCGAACUUCACGAAGUACUUCACCGACGAGUUCUGGGUGGACCCUGUUUUGUCGCGUGUGUUCAGCUCGAGAAGGCCGUGUUACUUCAACACGGGUGUGAUGGUGAUGGAUUUGGUGAGGUGGAGAGAAGGGAACUACAGGAAGAGGAUUGAGAACUGGAUGGAGUUGCAGAGGAAGAAGAGGAUCUAUGAACUGGGUUCUUUGCCUCCUUUUUUGCUGGUUUUUGCUGGGAAUGUUGAGGCUAUUGAUCAUAGGUGGAACCAGCAUGGUCUUGGUGGGGAUAAUUUGAAUGGGGUUUGUAGGUCUCUGCAUCCUGGUCCUGUUAGCUUGUUGCAUUGGAGUGGGAAAGGGAAGCCAUGGGUGAGGCUUGAUAACAAGCAACCUUGUCCGUUGGAUCGGUUAUGGGAGCCUUAUGAUCUGUACAAGCCACACCAGUUUCAUAACAAGAUGCAUCAAUCUUGGAGCUUCUCUUCUUCCAUGUUGGUUGGAUAUGCUCAUGAUUUGCUAUGAUGAUGAUGGUGGUGAUGGUGAUGAUGAUGAUUCUUUGGUAAUUGGUGGUAGACUGGUAGUAUGUUUGUUGUUCACAGAUUCUUUGGUAGGGGUGUACAGAGGAAGAGGGGUUCAGGGUUCUUUCUAGCUUCAUUCUUUCUGUAGAAUGAGUUUUUCUUUUUAAUUUUUUUUUUAAUUUCAUUGAAAUUCUUGUUGUUUACAUGUGAAAGUUGAACAUUCUUUAUCUGCUGGGAGUUCCAUGUCUUGGAACAAUUUUGGUGGGUGGGUUGAGUUCUUUGUAAUGGGACCUAUUGAUUGAAUGUGCCAAAGGAAGUGCAGAAUGACAGAGACUACUACUUGUUCAUUGUUUUA